AAUCUGAGUCAACUCSAACCGACCGAAAGUGCAUAGAACAAACGCGCCGUGAGCCAAUGAAACCAACAACAAAACCAGUUUUACAUGUAACCACUMUUCAGUGUUGAGUUGCGUCGGUCGAGCAGCGAAGCGCCAUUCCUUUGCUAUUUGGGUUAGAGGCGUUUUAAAAAUACUGAAAACAGUUGUGUUGUGUUGAAGAUGGGCUGUGCAACCGGAAUCGUUAAAUACUUCGUCUUUCUUGCCAAUCUUGUGUUCGCGUUGGCGGGAUUGGCACUUGUGAUAAUUGGAGUUUUGUAUAAAUUCAAUUACAGCGAAGCCACGGAUGCCUUGCCUUCGAAUUUCGGCGUUGCCCCAAUUCUUUCAAUAAUCAUCGGCGCAAUCGUUUUCGUGACAGCCUUUUUAGGAUGUUGCGGUGCCGUCAAGGAAAGUCCCUGCAUGUUGACAACUUACGCGAUCAUUCUUUUGGUCAUUUUUAUUAUCCAAGUGGCAAUUGGCGUUUAUGCUUUCAUUAAAAUCAACGAGGACGAGGCUGAGCCUCGCAGCCUCAUCCACGAGAGUCUUGCGAAGACUUUUAAGGAAUAUGGCAAUGACGUGAAGAAGACCGAGGCUGUAGAUGCCAUACAAAGCUGGUUUCAUUGUUGCGGUCUUGACCGUUACGAUCACAUGGUCUUGCACAAUGGCAGCUUGCCGCAUAGUUGUUGCCGAGAUGGUGUGAGCGUUUGCAGACCCACCAAUUACAAUUCGUUUUACGAUAAAUCCUGCUCGAAGGCACUUAUGGAAUUCUAUCAAAAGAGUUCUCCAAUAAUCGGAGGUGUUGCUAUCGGAAUUGCUGUCAUUGAGAUUAUCGGUGCCGUUUUCGGCUUGUGUCUCUCUAGUUCGAUAAGGAACCAAUACAGAAGAAGUGCAUAUUAAACUUUCCUCUAAUUUUUUGUUUGUCACUUUCAAAUUUUAAGUUUAGUUGUUUUUAUAUUGUAGUUUAAGACACAUUUAACCAUUCCAUUUGUUACAAAACGUUUCAAGUACAAUAAAAUAAUUUUGGUACGAAA